AAAAUGGCAAAUAAAGGAAGCAGUAGCGGUGGUAGCAGCACUCCUCGUCCAGGCAAUAAUGGAGGUGGGGGUAGUGGUGGACCUACAAAGACAUGUCAAUUUAAGUUGGUUUUGCUUGGCGAAUCUGCUGUUGGCAAAUCCUCCCUCGUUUUGCGUUUCGUCAAAGGCCAAUUUCAUGAAUACCAAGAGUCGACAAUUGGAGCUGCUUUUUUAACUCAAACAAUUUGUUUGGACGAAGCAACGGUCAAAUUUGAGAUUUGGGACACUGCUGGCCAGGAGCGAUACCAUUCUUUGGCACCAAUGUAUUAUCGCGGGGCUCAAGCGGCGAUUGUUGUUUAUGACAUUACUAAUCAGGAAUCCUUUGCCAAAGCAAAAAAUUGGGUUCGUGAACUUCAACGGCAAGCAUCUCCAAAUAUUGUGAUUGCCCUUUCUGGGAAUAAAGCAGAUUUGGCAGCCAAACGUGUUGUUGAAUAUGAAGAAGCGCAGGCAUAUGCUGAAGAUAAUGGACUUUUAUUUUUGGAAACUUCUGCAAAAUCGUCAAUGAAUGUCAACGAAAUAUUUUUAGCUAUAGCCAAAAGAUUGCCCAAAAAUGAGGGAGCUGGUGGUGGCGGUCCAGCAGGUCGAGGCCGAGAAGGUGUCAACAUUGGAGAGGGUGAAGGUCAAAACCAGGCUCGACGUUCGUGCUGUGGUGGUGGAAGUGGAAAUUGACAAAGAAAAGAAUAAAAUCAAAAAAAGAAAGGAGAAAUUUGUG